AUUAAAACAAAAGGUCAGUACACUUUUAUUUACAAUUGUAGAUUUUGUGGUUAUGUUUUUAAUUUGAGUAAGAUAUUUAUGAAAGGGACACAACAAACGGUUAUGAACGGGACGUCCCUUUCAUAACUGUCCCUUUCAUGACUGCUUAUCUCACUGUGAUCAAUUAUUAUUUACCAUUGCAGAUAAAAUGCCACCUAAAAAGAGAACCCGUGUGUAGAGUAGAAAUACUUUACGUAUAUAUGCUGCUAUAUUAUUGUAUGUUCUAGGCUAUCCUAAGCCAGUUCUAUGUCGGGGUUCCUAUAAUAAACACGUAUUAUUUGAAACAAUCGUUUGAUUCCACACCCGACACCUCACGUGUUAAUGCCAAGAAAAUUGAAGAGGCAGUGAAUGAAGUAUUGAACCACAGAAUUUCCGUGAGAUCAGCUGCCAAGGUAUAUAAUGUGAGUGGUUGCGCGUAAUAUGUAUGUUUGAUAUUUUAAUUGCGUCAUCUGCCGGCAAAGCCCCGCACUUCAUGAUGGCCCUGCGGCUGUUUGGGUUUCGACAGAACCCAAUAGCUGGCUGAAUCAUAAUCAUCGACAGUCAUCGUGUUCGGCGCUUAAAUUUAAAAAAAUAAAAAAAUUCAAGAUGACAAGAUGUCAAAAUUUUCUCUUCUCUGCUUGAUUGCCGCCGCAAACGUUGUUCCUGUUUUUUUUUUGUGAAAAAUAACCUUUGGAUAGACCCGCAAGGAGUGCAGUGUUCCACAUCUGGAGUGCCGUGAUCCUGCGACUGGUGAGUCCGUGUAGUUUGACGUAGUUGUGAUAUUUCUUAUAUAUAUUGCCGCACCGCACCGCUCCGCCAUCAACUUACGUGUCGUACCAGUCCGAAUCCCUCCACUUGGCCUAGGAGCUAUUUACACGCUCCACCAUUAUAUCUUUUGGUCCUUUCGAACCGGAUACAUCAGCAUAACACCUAUUUCUAAUAUUUCUUACGUAAUACUAAUUUCAGUUUACGUAUUCCUACAUCCGCCAUAUUUGUAAAAUUGAAUUUUCUUGGUUACAUUUCCUAAUCCAAUAUGGAAGGUUACAAAUUAAAAUUGUUACGAUCUAAGUCAGAAGUUAUUUUUCAAAGGCUUACUAAAUUGUACGAUCAAUCUAAAAAAGUUGUCUGUACUGCAGACACGCGGUCAACUGAAAACUUUAUGGCAGACUCGGAAAUGCUUGAUGAAAUGCGCCAUGAGUUUAUAUCAUUCGUUGACAAUAUUAACCAGUUAAAUAUGGAAAUUAACCCAGAUUAUGAGCCCGAUUUCAAUGAUUUAGUUUCCUUUGAAGAUAUCUAUACUCGUAUAAAACGUGUGCGUAAUAAUAUUAACUCCGCUAAACAGCAACAUAAUAUACCUACAACAUCAUCACAACCAGUAAAAAGUAUUGUUAAAUUACCGCCCAUAGUAAUUCCUUCUUUCGAUGGCAAACCUGAAAAUUGGCCCAUGUUUUAUGAAUCCUUCAAAGCGAAUAUACAUAACAACCCUCAGCUGUCUGAUUCGCAGCGGGUUCAGUACCUAAUAGGUAAACUGACGCAUAAUGCAUUACAAAUAGUCGCCGGUAUUGUACCAACGGGCGAAACUUAUUCUAUUAUUUGGAAUAGCCUAGUAAAAAAGUACCAGGACAAACGCUCCUUAGGAACUUUCUAUUUAAACAAUAUUUUCGAGUUAAAAAAUUGCUUUCAUUCCGCAAAUUCAUUAAAUUCAUUUAUUGAAAAGUUUUCUGCGUCAAUCGCCGCUAUCAAGCAAUUAGAUAUUCCCGAUCUUACAGAUUUCAUAUUAUUACAUUUUGCAAUAAAAAGGUUAGACAUUCAAACCGUACAAUCUUUCGAGUUAUCCGUUCGUGAUACCGAAAUACCCACUUGUGAGGAACUUAUUUCGUUCGUACAAGAUCAAGUUAAAAUAUUAGAACGCUCGGGCAACAAUAACAACUUUUCUCAAAACCGUAAUUCUUCGUCAAUUUCAAACAAGAAUCAGAACAUUAGUAAGUUCGAUUCAAAGUCGCGUACAUUAAUUAGUCAUAAUAAUCAAAUAACUAAAACCGCUCCUUGCGUCAGAUGCAACAGCACUGAACAUUUACUUUUCAAUUGCAGACAGUUUAAAGAAAUAUCCUCUCCUCAAGAGCGAUACGAGUUUAUUAAAUCUAAAAAUUGUUGUGUUAAUUGUUUAAGCUCUUCGCAUUCAGUUAAGGCGUGUAAUUCGCGACAUGUUUGUAAUUUUUGCCAAAAGAAACAUCACACUCUUUUACACUUUAAUAACAAUAAUUUACCAAAUAAUAAUUCGACGGUACAGCUUCAUACGUUUACUCGUCAAGACAACAAACAUAAUAGUCAAGUUUACGGUGCACCUGUGACUUAUUCUCAACCUUCUGUUGAUGACGCUAAGGUCGGUUUUGCAAUGAACGCAUCGUCCCAGCAGUCCGUCGCCGGUGUCAGUGCUCCGUACGUUAGCGAUGGUGUGUCACCCGCUGCUAUGAUAUCUCGAAAAAACAAUGAAUCUAACCAAACCUGCACUACGAUACUUUUAUCAACCGCGCAAGUUUACGCCUAUCAUAAAUAUAAUAAUAAGAAGAUUAUUCGUUUGUUAUUGGACAAUGGUUCACAAAAUAAUUUAAUUACAUUGAAGUGUUGUAAAUUACUUAAUUUACCGGUAAUACCGCUUUAUAAUUCGUCUCUUAGGGGCGUAGGUUUAUCGUCUCGUCCUAUUCAUGGUUAUGUUUAUUUAACAAUUGAGUCUCGAGUCUCAUCGAACAAAUAUUAUAUCCACGCUUUAGUUGUUGAUUGCAUAACUGAGAAACUGCCCGCUUUCCAGAUUAACUCUCGCGAAUUUGAUUGUCUCAACAAAGUACCUCUAGCUGACCUUACUUGGAAUAUUCCGGGAAAUAUUGAUAUGGUGAUUGGUGCCCAAUUGUUCCCUUAUAUUUACUUAGGUGAUAGGUUAAACUCGAACGCUUCCGCUCCGCCCGCUUUUUUGACCACUUUCGAUAAUAUUCUAAUGGGAGACUUUCCGUCGUCCUUUAUGGAAAAUAAUUGCCCUGCUUCUUUUGCUGCCAUCACAUUAAGCAAUAUGGAGUCCUGUCUUCAUAAAUUUUGGGAAUUAGAAGAGAUUCCGAAUAAACGUUUUAUGUCGCCCGAUGAAACGGAAUGUGAAAAUUUAUUCACAGGUUCCGUGACUCGCGAUACAGAUGGCCGAUAUACCGUAUCCCUUCCGUUCAGUAGGAAUCCUGCUGAUUUAGGUAAUUCUCGUUCAGUUGCACACCGACGUUUUCUAGCUUUAGAACGCAAAUUAAAACAUACGCCCGCAAUUCGUGAAGAUUAUAAUAAAGUCAUUGCUGAUUACUUACAAAAUGGUUAUUUGUCGGAGGUAUCUUCUACGGAUAACGAAAGUGAUGGUUAUUACAUACCUCAUCACGCUGUUAUUAGGCAAGAUAAAGUCACAACUAAAUUAAGAAUUGUUCUUGACGCUAGUGCCAAAACUCACACAGGGCUGUCACUCAAUGAUGUUUUGCAUUCAGGGCCUAACCUACAGGCAGAUCUUUUUCUUCUUUUACUUGAUUUCCGAUUAUAUCCUAUAGCAUUAACUGCAGACAUUAAACAAAUGUAUUUACAAAUUAACUUACUAGAAUCGCAACGGAAAUAUGUAAAAAUAUUAUUUCGUUUUAAUGAAAAUGAGAAGUUACGCACUUUUCAUUUUAACCGGGUGCCGUUCGGUCUUAAGUCUAGUCCUUUUCUUGCCAUGCGCACGGUUCGACAACUAGCGACAGAUGAAGGAAACCGCUUCCCUGAUGCAGCUUCUAUUGCUCAAUCCAAGUUAUAUAUGGAUGAUCUAGUGACCUCUGUUUCUGAUGAGGGCAGCGCUAUAUGCCUCGCUAAAGAGCUUAUAACUUUAUUUAAAAGUGGUUGUUUUGAUUUAGUCAAAUGGGCAAGCAACUCAUCCGCACUUCUUGAUAGCCUGCCGCAUUCUCAUCUCGCACCAGUUAAUUUCUCUGACGAUGCCAGCAACAAUUUGAAGAUUUUAGGUCUCUCGUGGAUUCACCACGAGGACGUUUUUUUGUUGACUACUUCUUGUGUAGAUGAUAAAUGCACAAAACGCACCAUACUGUCUUUCAUCGCGCGUCUAUUUGAUGUUCUGGGUCUUGUAUCACCAGUUAUAGUAUACGCGAAAUUACUUAUUAAAGAUCUUUGGAUAAGUAAAGUGGACUGGGACGAUACUCCUCCCGAACAUAUAGUUAAAUGUUUUUCAAAUCUUGUGAAGGAACUACCUUUGUUAUCUAAGAUAAAAAUACCCCGCCACAUCGGUGUUCAUAAUAAUUGCACCGUAAAUUUAGUAGCUUUUUGUGAUGCAAGCCUUAAGGCAUAUGGUUGCGUCAUUUACUUGCACAUAACUGAUGAGGUAGGAAACAUUGUUGUACGACUUUUGUGCUCUAAAUCUAAAGUUUCCCCUGUCAAGAUUUCAACGCUCGCUCGUUUGGAGUUAUGUGCCGCAGUUUUGAUGUCACGUCUAGUAAGGAUCGUGCUUGAUACCUACAGGGCUCGCACUACAAUUUCCGGUGUUUACACCUUUUCUGAUUCAACUAUAGCCCUUUCGUGGGUUCACUCAUUUCCACAUAAAUGGUCCAUAUUUGUCAGCAACCGCAUAGCUCAGUUCCAGGAAAACCUGAAUCCUCAGAACAUUUAUCAUGUCUCAGGAGCUGAAAAUCCUUGUGAUUGUCUUUCUAGGGGAUUGUUACCCUCCCAGUUGAUUGAUCAUGAUCCCUGGUGGAACGGUCCUACUUGGAUGCGUUCUCCGCCUGAUAUGUGGCCAAUACAAUCUGUUUCAAUAACAUCAUGUGAACAACUUCCUGAGUUUAAAUCAAAUACUUUGACAACUACCGUUCAAAAUACACCACCAAUACUUUAUGAACGUUUUAAAUGCAUUUCAUCUUGGAAUAAAUUACUCCGCGUCAUAGUAUAUGUUUUACGCUUCGUUAAAAAAUUACCGCUUUCUAAAGUUAUUGUAGCCUCCGAUUUAAAUAUCGCUGAGAAGACUAUUCUUCGCUCAGUCCAGAAGGUACAUUUUCAAACUGAAAUUGACAGACUAAAGAAAAAUGAUCUACCAUCUAAACAUUUUAGACAUCUCUGUCCUUUCAUUGAUGAGGAUGGAAUUCUUAGAAUUGAAGGUCGACUCUCAAAGUCCGAUUUACCUUUCGAAUGUAAACAUCCGGUAUUGCUACCAAAACGUGACCAUGUCGUUGAUCUUUUAAUAGAUUAUCACCACAAAUUAAAUUUGCAUACAGGCGCAAGCUUAUUGAUGUCCAUUCUGCGACAACGUUACUGGAUACUUUCAGCCAGAAAUAUUAUUCGUAAACGUGUUCACCAAGAAAGUUCCCUGGCAGAUUACUUGAAGACCUCAGCAAAAAUGUGCCAUGGCUUGACAACAAAACAAGUAAGAGAAUUAGCAUACCAGUAUGCUGUUCGUUUAGAACUCAGUAGUACACCAUCAUCAUGGAACGAAAACAAUAUGGCUAGUCUAGAUUGGUUGAAGGGUUUUCUAAAAAGGAAUGACUCGCUGAGCGUAAGAAAACCUGAGAAUACUUCUCUAGCUAGAACAACCAGUUUUAAUAGACACAAUGUGCAAAACUUUUUCUGCAACUUGGAGAAAUGUUAUUUGAAGCAUGAAUUUCCUGCUAACAUGAUAUGGAAUUUAGAUGAAACUGGCUGCACUACUGUCACUAAUACACCAAAAAUAGUUGCGCAAGCAGGUGCUAAGAGAGUUGGGCAAAUUAGUUCAACAGAACGUGGUUCACUGGUAACCAUGCUGGCAUUUGCAAACGCUGCUGGUGGAAGCAUUCCUCCCGUGUUUAUAUUUCCGCGGGUUCGUUUUAAAGAACACAUGCUUGAAAGUGGCCCCACUGGUGCCUUAGGACUUGCAAAUUUAUCUGGUUGCAUAACAGAGGAGUGUUUUCUGAAAGCUCUAAAACAUUUUGUUGGUUUCGUAAAGCCCACAGCUGAAUCGCCUGCUUUGAUAGUUCUUGACAACCAUAACACGCACAUAACCAUUAACGUGGUGCUUUAUGCCCGAACCAAUAACUUAAUAAUAUUAACAUUCCCACCUCAUUGUAGUCACCGCUUACAACCUUUAGACUUGACCGUAUUUGGACCUUUCAAAGCUCGAUAUAGAGCUAGCAUGAACGACUGGAUGACAUCAAACCCUGGAGAAACAGUCACGAUUUACAAUGUCGCCCAAUUUGCUAGAGACGCUUUCUAUGCUGCUUUUAGCAUGAAUAAUAUCACAUCAGGUUUUAAAAAUUCAGGAAUAUGGCCCAUCAAUAAAAAUAUUUUUACUGAUGAAGAUUUUCUUCCCGCUUUUGUGACAGACCGACCUGAACCUCUUCCAAACUCUACCGAUUGCGACGAAAAUUCUUCAAAUGAAGAAGAACUUCAGCAUGUACCUUACCCUAUAGAGCCUAAUCUAGAUUUCAAUAAAAGAAUAGUUUCACCUUCCAUUUUAGAUGAUACACAAACUGCAUUCUGUUUUGAGAAUGAGCCACAAUUGGAAGUCUUUUAUACAGGGGAGCCACAGCCCGAACCCUCUAAUUUGAAUACGUUACAAGCUGAACGUUGCAAUACUGAACAGUCAAAUGCUAAAGCUUCAAAUUUUUCUAAUCCUCCAAUAACCCCAGAAACCAUUAGACCAUAUCCUAAAGCUCCACCUCGAAAAUCUAUUGGAAGGCAACGUAAAGGUAAAACCACAAUUAUAACGGAAACUCCAGAAAAAGAUAGAUUACUUUUAGAAAAUAUGUUGGACAUUUUAAAAAAGAAUACGCCGAAAGCUGACAAACAGAAUUUAAAACAUGUAAAACAAAUUUUCAAAUGCAAUUUAAAAGAUCAAGAAUCAAAAAGAACUAAAGGUAAGGGAAAGGCUAAAAAGAAUAAAAUAGAAUCAAAUAAAUCUGUUAAAACUUCUCAAAAGAAGAAGCCUUCGCGCAAAUUUGUUGCCAGCAGCAGUAGCGACGAUUCAAGUGUAAAUAUGGCGACUGAUUCAGAUUCGAUUGAUAAUAUUUCUGAAACAGAAGAAGUGUGUCCAAGAUUAAGAAAUCGUAGCCUGAGAAAUGAUAAAACAGGAGAUGAUAAUCAGUGUAAUGUCUGGAAACAUAAUGCUCAGAUAGCCAACCUAACAGCUAGAGGUAAAAUAACUGUGAAUGCACUGUACAAGCCCCGCACGUUGAUAUUGCGACUGGCGGCCAUCUUAGUGACGUAG